AUGUCUAUCGGGCUGGUGCUGGAGGAUAGAGUGAACAAACAGGACUCAGACCCGCCUGGCUUUGGUGCACUCACCAACAGGCUGGAAAACCAGGGGUUGGUGCUGCGUCUGGUGCUGGGACUGUGGGCCUGGAAGCAACAGGAACCGGGAACCAGGAGGAAAGACAACUUGAAGAGCAAGCAGACACACAAGGGAGCCCGAGACCCAGGGGUGGAGGCCAUCCAUCCAGACUGUGCCUUGGUGUCCCAACACAUGAAGGCCCAGCAGACCUGUAUCCACACACGCAGACAGGAGGGUCGCAACCGUUCUGCCAGGACAGGGUGUCGUACGGAGUGGGAUGAGGUCAGGUGCUGGUACCGGGCUGAUGUGGGCCAGAUUGUCAAUGUGUCUUGCUCAGACAUCUCCCAGCUCUUCGCCAACAAAGGUUACAUCUUCAGGAACUGUUCGAAGGAUGGCUGGACAGAGCUGUACCCUACAUAUGAGGAGGCCUGUGAGUUCGCAGAGGAGUCAGAGACAGGAUCACAGACAACAUACUUUUUGACCAUCAGUCAGGUGUACACUGCUGGAUACGCCACCUCCCUCAUCUCCCUCAUAUCAGCCAUUUUUGUAUUCGCUGUGUUCAGGAAGUUCCACUGUACCAGGAACUACAUCCACAUCAACCUCUUCUCCUCGUUCAUCCUGAGAGCCAGUGCCGUCUUCAUCAAGGAUGGGGUUCUUUUUGCUGAUGAGAACUUCGACCACUGCUUCAUGUCCACUACGGCGUGUAAAUCAGCAGUGGCGUUCUUCCAGUUCAGCAUCCUGGCUAACUACUUCUGGUUGUUGGUCGAGGGCAUGUACCUCCAGACCCUCCUUGCCCUCACCUUUGUCUCACACAAUAAGUACUUCUGGUGGUACACACUCAUCGGCUGGGGUCUCCCAACCACAGUAUUGUUGGUGUGGGUUCUGACACGAAACUUCUAUGAUAACAGAGGUUGCUGGGACGACACCGAUGUGGCCUUCAUUUGGUGGAUUAUCAAAGGGCCUAUAACUGCAUCACUGCUGGUCAACUUCAUCAUCUUCAUUAAUGUGAUCCGUAUACUGGUCCAGAAGCUAAAAUCUCCCGGUGUCAGGGGACACAAAACAGGCCACUUCAUAAGGCUGGCUAAGUCCACCCUGUUCCUGAUCCCUCUGUUUGGGAUGCAUUACAUGGUGUUUGCCUUCCUACCAGAGAACACAGGAGAGGAGGCACGCAUCUUCAUAGAGCUGGGUCUGGGAUCCUUCCAGGGCUUUGUUGUGGCUCUGCUCUACUGUUUCCUGAAUGGAGAAGUGCAGGCGGAGCUGAAGAAGCGUCUGUGGAAGUGGCAGACCCAGGGCUAUAUGAGCUACAGUAGGAGAAGACGCACCCUAUUCACAGAGAGCUCCACCGUCACACAGAUCUCUGUGCUGGAGAAGUCCUCCCCCAAGGAACUGCCCUGCAUCAGUGACACAUACACACUCACACACACCGACACACACACACCCACAAACAGCUCUGUCUCAAUCUGUGACGACACACACACCCUAACACACAACUCUGAUUCCACCUGCACUAACACACUCACACUGUCUGAGUGAACAAAAAUUAAAUGGUCUCUCCUUUCCUUCUCCUUGUCCUGCAAUCGCCAAAUAUCAGAUAGAACUGUCUCUAGAGAGGUCUCUCUUUGAAUGUUGUUCUAUAGAUUGUGGUAUCUGUUGUGUUGACUGAUUGGCUUGGCUGGGGGGUUCCAUAGACUGACAAAGAACUCUACAGGAAAAUCCUUGAGUCCCUAUAUCACAAUUGCCACAGUUUGACCAGAUUCCCAACUGAAGCAACCCUUAUAGUAUCUACAAUAUACAGUAUAUUUCAUAGUACAAUGAUAUACACAGCCUUGUGUGUCAGGGCAUUUCGAACUGUGCUGUGUUUGGGUUGUUUGCUGGUAUUUCUGCCAGACAUGGGCUUGAAUCCAGAGUAGUAAGAAAUCAAACAGUGCCUGCAUCUGAAAUGGAAAAUUAUUCCCUAUAUCGUCCAUGUUAAACUGACCUCUCUCCCCUCAUCAACCUGAAGUGUACAGAGAAGAACAACCACUUAUCAGUGGUGGAAAAAGUACCCAAUUUUCAUACUUGAGUAAAAGUAAACGAUACCUUAAUGGAAAACUACUAAAGUAAAUUUGAAAGUCACCCAGUAAAAUAAUA